CCCCAGAUUCUUCUGCUCACGCACCCGAAAUCCACACCUCACAAACCACGCAACGGAAGCAGCGGCCCACAAAAAACACGCGCAGGAGGAAGCGCCCCCCUGUGCUCGCCCUCAUCCUCUUAAUCCCACGGAUUCGCCGGGUUAAUCUCGCCAAGGUCGAGCCUUGACGCCGAAUUCGUGCUCUGCAGCUUCGAUUGCCCCCAGCGCGCUGCGGCUUCGUCUGUAGCGCGGGUUGAUUAGUUGGUUCUUGAUUCGACUCUUGUCCGGGAAGCUGAGACUGCGAGCUCGUCCAAUUGGCGUCGCCAAGGUCGGAUUUUCGACGUCAAAUUUUAGGUCUGCUUCGUAGGCGGCAGCGGUUUCGGUUGUUUUCUGCUCGGAAUUGCUGAUUGGAGGGAGCGGCUUGAUUUGGUAGUUCAGAGGCUGCUCGGCUCCUGGCGACCAUGUCCGUGCCGGCGAUAGUCGUGUACACCAGCCCGCCGGGCGCCGUAUACGCGCCGCCGGAGCUCGAAGCGAGCUCACGUGGAUCGGCGCCGUGCGCGGCCGCGGCGUCCCCGUCGCCGGGCAGCUCCCACCGCCACGCGGCCGUCGCCGGCGGCUUGUCCUGCCUCUUCUCGUCCCCGUCCGCUGCUCCGCGCGCCACGGCGCACGAGGAGCUCGGCGCGCUGUGGCACGACAGAUCCGAUGAGCCGACGGUCGCCGGCGGUGGGGGUUACUCCUACACCCAGUCGUCGUCGCCGUUCAAGCUGCGGGACUAUCUCCAUCGCAGUCCGGUGUCGCUGUUCCACAGCCCGGCCUCCUCGCCGGCGUCCAGGAGCCCGUCGGUUUCUUGGCUCGCCGGCCGCGAGCGGGGACGGCUCUUCUCCAGCUUCGUGCGCAACGCGCUUGGCUCCUGCAUUGACUACGCGCCGGUCGCCAGCCUGCCGCUGGGCGUCCCCGCAGCCGCUGGUGUGGACGCCGCCGAGUUGGCCUUCGAGCUCGACGAGAACCUAUCCGAGGCGGAACCGUCAUGCGAACCGUACGCUCGUGACCUCCUCGCCGGCGCCCAGGCUCGCCACCUCAUCUUCCACGACGAGCUCGUUGUCAAGGCCUUCUUCGAGGCUGAGCGGGCACACCGUGGCCAGAAGCGGGCGAGUGGUGAUCCAUACUUGCAACAUUGUGUGGAGACUGCUGUGCUUCUGGCCAAAAUUGGUGCAAAUGCGACGGUAGUUUCCGCCGGUCUUCUUCAUGACACAAUUGAUGAUUCGUUCAUGGACUACGAUCAUAUCUUCCGGAUGUUUGGCGCUGGCGUGGCUGAUCUUGUUGAAGGGGUCUCGAAGUUGAGCCAUUUGAGCAAGCUUGCUCGGGACAACAAUACUGCAAGUAGGACUGUUGAAGCAGAUCGCCUGCAUACAAUGUUUCUUGCAAUGGCUGAUGCACGAGCUGUUCUGAUAAAGCUAGCAGAUCGUCUGCACAACAUGAAGACACUAGAAGCUUUGCCUUUGGUCAAACAACAAAGGUUUGCUAAAGAGACUAUGGAAAUCUUUGUGCCUUUGGCCAACCGAUUAGGAAUUGCUACCUGGAAAGACCAGCUGGAAAAUAUUUGCUUCAAACAUCUGAAUCCAGAGGAGCAUAAGGAGCUUUCCUCCAAGCUUGUGAUAUCUUUUGAUGAAGCACUUCUCACUUCUACUCUAGAUAAACUGGAUAAAGGUCUCAGAGACGAGGGCAUUUCAUAUCACAAUCUUUCUGGGAGGCACAAGAGUUUGUACAGUAUAUACACCAAGAUGAUAAAGAAGAAAUUAACAAUGGAUGACGUCCAUGACAUCCAUGGCCUGCGGCUCGUCGUUGAGACAGAAAAAGAUUGUUAUCAAGCACUUGACAUUGUCCAUGAACUGUGGCCCCAAGUUGCUGGAAGAUUCAAGGACUACAUAUUGCAUCCGAAGCUGAAUGGGUAUCGAUCAUUGCAUACCGUCGUCAUGUGUGACGGUGUCCACCCAUUUGAAGUCCAGAUCCGAACAAAGGAAAUGCAUCUACAGGCAGAAUAUGGAUUUGCCGCUCACUGGAGAUACAAAGAAGGUGGUUGCAAGCACUCCUUUGUACUCCAAAUGGUGGAAUGGGCAAGGUGGGUGCUCACAUGGCAAUGCGAGGCAAUGAGCAAAGAGCGGCCCUCAGCUUUAGGCAGCUCUGUUGGAAUUAGGCCACAAUGUCCUUUUCCCCUGCAUUCAGAGGAUUGCCCCUAUUCUUACAGCCGGCAGUGUAACCAUGAAGGUCCCAUAUUUGUCAUCAUGCUUGAACAUGAUAAGAUGUCUGUCCAAGAGCUCCUCGCAAACUCGACUGUAGUUGAUCUAAUGGAGCGAGUUGGGGCCAAUAGUCUGAGAUGGAGCCCUUAUAGCUUCCCAUUGAAAGAGGAGCUGCGACCGAAGGUGAACCACAAGCCAAUAAGCGAUCCAAACCGGAAGCUCUGUAUGGGCGACGUGGUGGAGCUGACGCCUGCCCUCCCACAUGAGUCGCUGACCGAGUACCGGGAGGAGAUCCAGCGCAUGUACGAGCGGGGUGGGUUCGCCCUCGCCACCACCCCAAGAAGCUGACACCGCCGUGACCAUGCUAUGUUAACCUGUUGUACAAUGCCCUGUAAAUAUGAAACUAACUAGAUAGAUUUGCAACGCGUGUUGUGUGGGGGCCAUUGUAGUCACGAUUGAACAACUGAUAAUUAAAAUUGAAAAUGAGAAAAAAUACUAACGGUUUAAAUUGAAAUGAUUUUGAA